GAUUUCACAUAUUUGAUCCUUUAUCUAAUCUACAAGCAACUAAACUCAAUAAAAUCAUUUGAUUGGCGUGCAUGAUCAGUAUUGUGUUUUAUGGUGAUUGUGCAUGUAUACAGCAAACAAGAUGAAGCUGCUGAAUGUCUGCAUUGUGAUCCUUUCAUUUGUUUUGACGUAUGCUUCAGUGAAUGGCAUUCCCUUACCACAAAAUGAAGAAGCGGUUGGAGUAUUCGGAAGGGAACAAAACCUUAUGCAAUUGAGAGGCAUUAUAAAUAUACCAUGCAAAGAAGGCUAUGUGAAAAUACGUGGUAAAUGUAGGCCUAUACAUGCUUCAGCUGUUCACGAAUACGGUGGGAAUGAGGUGGAGAGCAUAAUUCAUGUACCUUGCAAAGAGGGAUACGUAUAUAUUCAAGGAAAAUGCCGAGAAAUCGUGGGGAAUACAAGACGAGGGGCCAGAUUAUUGUCCAAGAUGUAUUAAAAAAAUACUCCAAUAGAUAGUUUAUAAAAGUAACAAUCUUCAUUGUUUCAUUUCAAUACUGAUAUCGACACACUCAGGAUAAUGACAAUGGCUCUAUUGUCGGAGUAU